AUGGGGAACGUAGUGCAGUCUUUGAUUGAUACGGGCAAGAUUGACAUCGACGUUGCAGAUGAGGACGGUAACACAGCGCUUCAUAUAGCUGUGAAGAAUAAUAUGACUGCGGUAGAGCGACUACUUCUGGCAGUAGGAGCGGACGGGUCGAUCUGCAACAAGGCGGGGUUGACGCCUCAGGGGCUUGCCGAGGAGGCGAUCGAGCAAAUAAAGGCAAAUCAACAGUUGAAGGAGGAGCAACGUCACGAGAAGGAAGAGCGUAAAGCACAGAAGCUAGAGGUGGAAAAGGAUCACUCUGAGCUCACGGCCUUCCUACGCGACCACGGUCUGGAAGAGCUUGUGGACAUCCUGUUCGCCAGGAAAUUCAAAUACGUUGCUGAGGUCGAACGUCUGACUGAUCGUGACCUGAGGCGGAUGGGCGUGAAGGAUGGCGAACAGCGAGAGGGUUUCCUGACUGCUGUAGAAAAGCAUUUUGAGAAGAUAGCUGAAGCGGAGCGAGCGGCUGAGGAGGAACGGCUCAGGGAGGCUGAGCGAAGGGCUCGACCAGCGAGCAAGGUCACUGCCGUGUUGGCUUUCGUAGGAGUCUUCGCAGCGAUAUACAUAUGCCUAAGGACCACUGGUGGUCUCUAUCGCCUCACCUACCCGGACGCUGGUCUUGGUGACCUUUAG